UGCUUUAAGACAUUUGGAAUUUAAGACUUUUUUCUUAUUUUUUCAUAUUAUACAUUUACAAAUAUAAAAUGCAAUCAAAAAUAAAAAUUUCACGUGUUACAAAUAAAGGAUUGCAUUUUUUAAGCAGCAGAUAUGAAAAUAAGUUUUCAUUUUAUCAGAAACACACACUUGCAGCGCUUCCGCCUUUAGCACCAGGCUAUAAUCCUGCAUCUGUGGAAAAAGACAAAUAUGUAUUUAAAAAAACACAAAAACAUAGUAGUAGUAAACACGGUCCAUUUCGAAUGAUACUUCCCCCACCGAAUGUCACAGGAAAUCUACAUUUGGGACAUGCAUUGAAUGCCACCUUACAAGAUGUUAUAUGUCGUCAGCAGCGACAGUUGGGAUAUGAUGUUGAAUGGAUCCCGGGAACAGAUCACGCGGGAAUUGCUACACAAGUGAUUGUGGAAAAGAAUUUGUUUAAGGCACGUGGUAUUACGCGGCAACAACUCGGACGCACACCAUUUUUGUUGGAGGUGUGGAAGUGGAAGCGAAAAAAAGGUGAUAAGAUCAUAGAAGAUCUACGUAAACUGGGAUGCUCGCUCGAAUGGAAUAGCGAAUACUUUACAAUGGAUGAGAAACAAUCACGCGCUGUCAAUACAGCGUUCAUCCGUCUGUUCGAUGAAGGUCUUAUUCAGCGACGCAAUUCAUUGGUCAAUUGGUCUUGCGCAUUAGAAUCAGCUAUCUCUGACAUUGAAGUGGACUUGUUAGAGUUAAGUGGACCUACUGCACUAACUGUGCCGGGCCAUAAAACCAGUGUAGAAUUCGGAAGAAUAUAUGACAUUAAAUACCGCGUAUGCAAUUCAAAUGAUGAAAUAACAGUUUCGACAACGCGACCAGAAACUUUGCUGGGCGACGUUGCAGUGGCUGUACACCCACAAGAUACGAGAUAUGAAAAAUAUCGCAAUCAAGAACAAGUUUUUCUCAAGCAUCCCUUCCGCAACGAACCAAUACCUUUGAUUUUCGAUGUCAAAGUAGACCAGAACUUUGGCACUGGUGCUGUGAAAAUCACGCCCGCUCAUGAUCUUAACGAUUACGAAAUAGCUAAACUGCAUCUAUUGGAACCCAUACAAGUAUUCACAGAACAAGGGACAAUUACAGAUACAUUUGACGAGUUUAGGGGUUUGCCUAGAUUCGUAGCACGCGAGCGCGUUCUGGAUGAGCUUUCCAAUCUGCAGCUGCUCGGGGCUGCCAAACCACAUGCCAUGGUAUUGCCCAUCUGCUCACGUUCAAAAGAUGUAAUCGAGUACAUGUUGCGACCACAGUGGUUCUUGCAUUGCAAACCAUUGGCAGAGGCCGCCAUAUCGGAAGUGCGUAGUGGGCGCAUGAAAAUUCAACCUGAAAACUUCGAGGUGGAUUGGUAUCGAUGGCUUGAAGCAUGCCAUGACUGGUGUAUUUCUCGUCAAUUGUGGUGGGGACAUCAAAUUCCUGCUUACUUGGCUACGGAUAUUGAGGGCAACACUUGCUGGGUCGCCGCAUUGAACACUGAAGAAGCCACCAAACUUGCUCAAACGAAAUUGAAUGCAGAAAUUAGCAGUGUGGAACGAGAUCCGGAUGUGUUGGACACAUGGUUUUCCUCCUCACUGCUGCCCUUCUCUGUAUUCAGUUGGCCGUCGUCAGAGUAUAAAAGUCGAUACCCAUUGGAUUUAAUGGCAACGGGACACGAUAUUCUGUUCUUCUGGGUGGCCCGAAUGGUGAUGAUGGGCGUAAAGCUAACAGGUGAGGCGCCAUUUAAGAAAGUGCUAUUAAAUGGUAUUGUGUGCGAUGCACAUGGUCGCAAAAUGUCGAAAAGUCUGGGUAAUGUAGUAACGCCAAAACAAGUUGUACAAGGCGCCAGUCUCGAGGAGCUGCAAAAGGAGUUACAGGUUUCUUUUGAUGCGGGCAUACUAAGUCCAGUUGAAUUAAAGAAAUCCAUAAGCGGCCUGAAAAAAAUGUUUCCACAAGGCAUACAACAAUGCGGCACAGACGCACUACGUUUCAGUCUAUGCAGUCACAAUAUAAAGAAUCAUUUUGUCAACUUCGACGUGGCCGAGUGCUACACCAAUAAACUGUUUCUCAAUAAAAUCUGGCAGGCAACCAGAUACACUAUUGGUGCUGCUGAGAAGCUGAAUUUGUCGCUCACGGACAUCGAGACUAUGGGAAAUUGCCCACUAAGCAAAUGGGAUCGUUGGAUACUCAGCCGUUUGGCGGACACUUUAACCACAGUUGGUCAAAGUAUCGAAAAACACGACUUCCACUUGGCAACAGCAGCGCUGAAAACAUUCUUUUACAAUAACCUUUGUGAUGUUUAUCUGGAAACUACGAAACCAGCGAUUAAUGAAGGCACCGCAAAUGGCUAUAUUAGCUGUGCAACGUUGGCGACUUGUCUAAGUUGGGGUCUCCAAGCGAUGUCAGUGUUUACGCCAUUCAUCGCCGAAGAGUUGCUAAAGUAUUUGCCACGAGGUAUACACCUGCAGUUGAGUAGAUAUUUCAAUGCUGAAAUCGAGGCAGAAAUCGAGGUGAUAUUAGCAAUUUGUCAAGCCGUGCGACAGCUGAAGAGCCAAAACAAAAUAUCGAAAAAGCAUGAACCGUGUCUAUACUUAUUCGCACCGGAGCCCGAGGUUUUUAAUGAGCUUGAAUUGCACUUGAAGCCAAUAAGUGCAUUGACAUUAACCACAGAGGUGUUUGUGGAAUUGCUAACUCCGCACGAGCUGAAGCUGCGCAGACAGGCGUUUCAGUUCUUCUCAACUGCGGGACAUCACUGCUCUUUCGGUUUACAAGUGAACGGGGUCUAUGAAGAAAUGCGAAAGCAAGUUAGACCCGUCAGUGAAUUGAACCAAAAGAAACUCGAUCGUCUACAGUCAGAAUUGGAGCGCUAUCGCAUGCGCAUCAAUGACGAAGGCUUCCUGCGCUCGGCUAGUGAACAGGUGCAAAAACGGCACAAUCAAAAGAUUCAACAACUAGAAUUAGAAAUAAAAAAUAUUCGAAAUUUGACCAGUUAAAAUGUGUUAAAAAAAGUUAGUAAAAUGUAUAAGGCUUUGUUAAGUUAAACCUUUUUGUUGUUGCCUUACAAUGUACUGAGCUUUAAUAAAAAUCGGAAUUGUACAGAAACUAUGUAUUAAAACGAAUGUAACCAAAAAAAAAAAAUAAUAAAAAGAAU